AUUCCCUUCAUGGUCACGUAAACGAGAAAACAUAAAGCACACCUCGUUUUUUCCGACUUGCAUCAAGUAUUUUCUUCUCGCUGUCAGAUAAGGAUCAAAGUAGAAUGCCUUCUGGCUCUGGAUGGAAGACACCAGUGGCUAUGCAGCCAGGACGCGGUGGCUACGUCACAGGUCGAAGCGCGAAUUUUAGGCCGAUGAGUUGGUUAGAAGAUCCUUUCAACCAGACCACCAACAUGUCCACUCCCGCUCUGGAUCCAAAAGUCGUACUAGACAUCGACCCAUUUCUCAAAACAGAAAUUCCUGGAAUCAUUCAACGACACAACCUUUUCAGGUCGUGGAAAGACACCAUCGAACAGCACGAAGGAGGCUAUGACAACUUUACCAAAGGCUACAACAAGUUUGGCUUCAACAUUGGCUCCAAUGAAGAGGUCGUCUAUCGAGAGUGGGCUCCGAAUGCUAAGGAAGCAUAUCUUAUCGGAGAAUUCAAUGAUUGGGACAGGUCAUCCCAUCCUAUGACUAGAAACGAAUUUGGAGUAUGGGAGAUAACAGUUCCACCAAAAUCAGCAGGCGGAUGCGCUAUUCCCCACGACUCCAAGCUCAAAAUUUCGAUGGUUCUACCUUCGGGAGAACGUAUCGAGCGUCUUCCGGUUUGGAUCAAGCGCGUUACUCAAGAUUUAAACAUGUCACCAGUCUACGAUGCACGCUUUUGGAAUCCUCCAGCGUCCGAAAAGUACAAGUUCAAAAAUACGCGUCCUCCUCCCGUGAAGAGCGCCAGAAUCUACGAGGCUCACAUUGGUAUCUCAACGCCUGAACAGCGUGUAGGAACAUACAAGGAAUUCACUCGAGACGUCCUCCCUCGUAUCAAAAAGUUAGGUUACAAUGUCAUUCAGCUUAUGGCUAUUGUGGAGCAUGCAUAUUACGCGUCAUUUGGUUACCAGGUCACCAACUUCUUCGCGGCCAGUUCUCGGUAUGGCCAUCCAGAAGACCUCAAAGAGCUUAUCGAUACUGCUCACGGCAUGGGUCUUACGGUCUUGCUCGAUAUUGUCCACUCUCAUGCCUGCAAGAACGUUCUCGAUGGCUUGAACGAGUUUGAUGGCACCGAUCACCUCUACUUCCACGAAGGUGGAAAAGGACGCCACGAUCUUUGGGAUAGCAGACUCUUCAACUAUGGUUCUCAUGAGGUCUUAAGAUUUCUGAUGAGCAAUUUGCGUUUCUGGAUGGAGGAAUAUCGAUUUGACGGUUUUCGGUUCGAUGGUGUAACGAGCAUGAUGUACCUCCACCACGGGAUUGGAACUGGCUUCUCUGGAGGAUACCACGAAUAUUUUGGGGACACUGCAGACAAUGAAGCCAUCGUCUAUUUGAUGCUGGCAAAUGAUGCGAUGCAUUCCCUCUAUCCUUCGUGCAUUACUAUCGCAGAAGAUGUGUCAGGUAUGCCCCUUUUGUGCAAACGAGCGGAGCAGGGAGGGGUUGGAUUCGAUUACCGCUUAUCUAUGGCAAUCCCCGAUAUGUGGAUCAAGCUUCUCAAGCACAAGCCGGACGAUCAGUGGGAAAUAGGCAAUAUUGUCUUCACGUUGACAAACAGGCGUCAUGGCGAAAAAAGCAUUGCGUAUUGCGAGAGUCACGACCAGGCACUUGUAGGCGACAAGACUAUCGCGUUCUGGUUGAUGGACAAGGAGAUGUAUACCCACAUGUCCGAUUUGAGUCCUAUGACUCCAAUUAUUGCUCGAGGCUUGUCACUUCAUAAAAUGAUUCGGCUUCUUACCCAUGCUCUAGGCGGCGAAGGAUACCUGAACUUUGAAGGCAACGAGUUCGGACACCCGGAGUGGCUGGAUUUUCCUCGCGAGGGAAAUAAUAAUUCCUUCCAGUACGCUCGCCGCCAAUGGAACGUCCUCGAUGACGAUCUUCUUCGGUACAAAUACCUCAACGAAUUUGACGUCGCCAUGAACCAUACUGAGGAAAAGUAUGGUUGGCUGAACUCUCCACAGGCGUACGUAUCCCUGAAGCACGAAGGAGACAAGGUCAUAGUUUUUGAACGGGCGGAUCUUCUCUUCAUUUUCAACUUUCAUCCAACUCAAAGUUACACGGACUACAGAGUAGGCGUUGAGCAGGCGGGGGAAUACAAAGUGGUUCUCAGCAGCGACGAAAAGAAGUAUGGUGGCUUUGACAAUAUCAACGUGGGCAGCAAGUACAGUACGACUCCCAUGAGGUGGAACGAAAGAAAUAACUUCUUACAGGUCUAUAUACCAAGUCGAACUUGCUUAGUCCUUGGCCAAUAUUAGACGAGGUUAUGGACUUUCUUUCUUCCGUUUUAGCACGAUGAGUGCGGACUAUAAGAUAGCUAUGAAAUGUAUCGUCUAUCUUUUGGAAUAAAAGCAUCGCCACCGGGCGGCAUUAAUAGCGUAAGCAUAAUUGCCGGACCGCGGAUUCAGCCGAACGGACUUAAUAUCGCGCUCUCACCAAAAUGGGUGGUUCUGUUUUCUUCGCUUCUCUUCCUCCUACCUCGACAAGGGUCCUGAUCCUCCGUCUCUCUGACCAUCAUGCAAUGGGACUUUACUGCAGGAAACAAUCCUCCACCUCUCCAUCGGUCGACUACUCCCAUUCCUCCCAUACGUAGACCAACUCCAGCGCCAACCGGUUAUGCAGUUUCUUCGCAAGUAUCUCAAUUUCACGGUUUACGUCGAUCUAAUUCGUUGUCAUUCGAUCUCUAGCCCGCCAUCGCACAGUAGCUUUGGUCCUCCAAGCUUUCCUGAUCCCUCUCAUAUGGUCCGCCUACCCCCGUCGUCGGCACCUUCGAUGACCCCCGCAUUUUUG